AUGACAGAAGUGAUGAACACCUGUGAUUCGACGGUGGGAGACUUCAGUGUCGGAGGCACCUCAGGAGAAGAGGGUAUAUCCUUUCAGGUGGGGCUAAUUCACACAGACACACUCACCGACACAACACUAAAACAAACAAAGGAACACACUCACAGUUCCACAAAUAACACACACUCACAAGAAGACACUACAGCACAACAUAAGAAUAGUUAUCCAUGUAGUAACCCCAUAUAAUUGUUUACAUGCACAAAUGAGGAACACGUGCACACACUAACACUCUCCAUGGCACGCUCUCAGAUCUCUCUCUUCUCCUCUCUCCUUCCCUGUAGACCCAUGACAGGCGUAAAUGUCCUUCCAUCGCUCUGAGUUGACAGCAGGGCAAUUUCUGACUGCACCUCAAUUACAGCCUUCCCCUCUCUUUUAUCCCCCUCUCAUCCUCCCCCAAAAAAGACAAUCUGAUUUCUGCUCACUUUUUACAGUCAAGACCCAAUGAAUUCACGGCCCUCCAAAGAACUCACUGCUCUCUUGUGACUAAAAUCUAAAGGAAAAGUGUGUCAUUACUUAGAGAAGUACAUGUGCAUGUGGAGACUUUAUGGACUUGGCUCGCAAUCAAUAGGGGCCUUGAGUAAAGCCAAUGAAAGCUCUCAAGUAAGAGGUGGCAGCUAAUUCAGCGGCAAGCGGUUCCUUUCUCAGCCAACUGGCUUGCCCCAUUGCAGAUGCAGAUGUCCCUCACUGACCCCCCUCUUCCUCUUUCAGUGCAGUGGUGUUAUGGAAUUCAUCGCGCCCCACACAAAGUGAAUCACAAAUCCUCUUAUCGGCUCGAGCUCUUCAGAGGCCUGGGCUUUUGCCAGAGAAGUCACACUUGCUGCGUGUGGCGAAUGCAAAGCACCUCGUUACCUCGGCAUCCAUUUCAAAGCAUUAAAUGACAUUUUAGAGCAGCGGGCAAUGUCAAUCAGGGAGGGAGGAAUUGGAAAACAUACAGUGCAUUCGGAAAGUAUUCAGACCCAUUGACUUUUUCCACAUUUUGUUACGUUACAGCCUUAUUCUAAAAUAGAUUAAAUCUACACACAAUAUCCCAUAAUGACAAAGCGAAAACUGGUUUGGAUAUUUUUGCAAAUGUAUUACAAAUAAAAAACAGAAACACCUUAUUUACGUAAGUAUUCAGACCUUUGCUAUGAGACUCGAAAUUGAGCUCAGGUGCAUCCUGUUUCCAUUGAUCCUCCUUGAGAUGUUUCUUCAACUUGAUUGGAGUCCACCUGUGACUCAAUUGAUUGGGCAUGAUUUGGAAAGGCACACACCGGUCUAUAUAAGGUCCCACAGUUGACAGUGCAUGUCAGAGCAAAAACCAAGCCAUGACGUCGAAGGAGUUCCGAGACAGGAUUGUGUCGAGGCACAGAUUUGGUAAAGGGUACCGAAAAAUUUCUGCAGCAUUGAAGGUCCCCAAGAACACAGUGGCCUCCAUCAUUCUUAAAUAAAAUACGUUUGGAACCACCAUGACUCUUCCAAGAGCUGUCCGCCCGGCCAAACUGAGAAAUCAGGGAGGUGACCAAGAACCCGAUGGUCACUCUGACAAAGCUCCAGAGUUUCUCUGUAGCGAUGGAAGAACCUUCCAGAAGGACAACCAUCUCUGCAGCACUCCACCAAUCAGGCCUUUAUGGUAGAGUGGCCAGACGGAAGCCACUCCUAAGUAAAAGGCACAUAAUAGCCAGCUUUGAGUUUGCCAAAAGGCACCUAAAGGACUCUCAGACCAUGAGAAACAAGAUUCUCUGGUCUGAUGAAACCAAGAUUGAACUCUUUGGCCUGAAUGCCAAGCGUCAAGUCUGGAGGAAACCUGGCACGAUCCCUAUGGUGAAGCCGGUGGCAGCAUCAUGCUGUGGGGAUGUUUUUCACCGGCAGGGACUGGGAGACUAGUCAGGAUCGAGGGAAAGAUGAACGGAGCAAAGUAUAGAGAGAUCCUUGAUGAAAACUUGCUCCAGAGCACAAAGGACCUCAGACUGGGGUGACGGUUCACCUUCCAACAGGACAGCAACCCUAAGCACACAGCCAAGACAACGGAGGAGUGGCUUCAGGACAAGGCUCUGAAUGUCCUUGAGUGGCCCAGCCAGAACCCGAUCGAACAUCUCUGGAGAGACCUGAAAAUAGCUGUGCAGCGAUGCUCCCCAUCCAACCUAACAGAGCUUGGGAGGAUCCACAGAGAAGAAUGCGAGAAACUCCCCAAAUACAGGUGUGCCAAGCUUGUAGCAUCAUACCCAAGAACUUCUUGAGGCUGUAAUCGCUGCCAAAUGUGCUUCAGCAAAGUACUGAGUAGAGGGUCUGAAUACUUAUGUAAAAAUGAUAUUUCCGUUUAUUGGUAAUACAUUUGCUCAAAUUUCUAAAAACCAGUUUUUGCUUUGUCAUUAUGGGGUAUUGUGUGUAGAUUGAUGAGGAGAAAAAAACAAUUUAGUCGAUUUUUAGAAUAAAGCACAUAACAAAAUGUGGAAAAAGUCAAGGGGUCGGAAUACUUUCCAAAUGCACUCUAUAUUUAUGUCUUCAAUUGGCUGUUUCCCAUUUAAGUCACUAGCCAUCUCUGAGCCAACAAAAAGUACCUCUCACGGAGCAUCAUCUUGUGGUCACGAUUAUUCAUGCUGGCUGGUUCUGGAAUGUGUUUUGAGCCCUUGGAGACAACUUGGUAAAUUACACAUUUGUUGGAUGCCAAGAAAGGUUUAUACAUCGAAAAUCUAGGGUCAACCUGAUUCUACUCCAUCAAUGUCACAUGUUACAAGCAGGAUUGGGGUUACCAGCAAUUCAGUGUUCAAUUCAGUUCAAUUCACCCCAACCCUUACCUUGGUUACCAGAUUUCCCCCCUUUUUUUGGUGACGCCGACAUUAUUGUGUUUCCAGAUCUUUCCGGACUCCCACGAACGGUUCCCCAAGCUGUCCAAACGGCUUCCCUCCAUCGUGGUGGAGCCCACCGAGAGCGGGGAUGUGGAGAGUGGCGAGCUCCGCUGGCCCCCCGAUGACCUAAGUUACCCUGAUGAAGACCCCGGAAAGGCCCAGGCCCAGGCAGCAGGUGAGAACCACUCAAACCCAUUUACAGCCAAGAGAUUUGAGAACCAGAAGGGCUUUCCAGGGGACAAUAGAAUGGAAUCGGUUUAUUUUUCCCAGAGUAAACUUCAGACAAAAGAGAGGGACUGCGGAACUCUUACUUGCUAUGCCUACUAAAGUUUAGAAAAUGUAAAAACUAUUCAAUAAUAUUGAGGUAUGUGAUUUGGAAUACCGGUAAAGACUAGGAGCUUGUAGGUUGCAGUCAGGUGUGGAGCCUGUAAGCUAAAUGUAGCUAUACAAAUUGAAUGUAUUUAAAUGUGUGUGUGUGUGUUGGUGGCAGGCGAGGAUCAUCCAGCAGGGGUACAGCAAUGAUGGGAGGAGUUUAAAACUGACUCUCACAAUGCUGGCACCAUUCCAGCCACUCACUGUGAGUGUCUCCGUGAUGGACAGAAGCAAGGAGGAGGGUCUUCAGGCUAAGCCCCACCCUUAA